UUAAGCCUGCAUCUAUUGAUAUGUCCUGUGAAGGAGACCUUGAAGUUGGCAAAGGUGAACAGGUGACAAUAACACUGCCAAAUAUUGAGGGCUCAACUCCACCAGUGACUGUCUUCAAGGGCUCAAAGAAGCCUUACCUAAAAGAAUGUAUCUUAAUUAUCAACCAUGACACUGGAGAAUGUCGCCUAGAGAAACUUAGUAGCAACAUCACUGUGAAAAAAACCAGAGCUGAAGGAAGCAGUAAAGUCCAGUCUCGCAUAGAGCAGCAACAGCAGCAAAUGCGAAAUGCGACUAAGGUUCCAAACAACAUUAAAAAUUCUCCACCAAAAGAGAAGAUGUUUCCGUCUUCUCCUAUGGAUGAUAUUGAACGAGAGCUAAAAGCAGAAGCCAGUAUCAUGGACCAGCUGAGUAGCUCUGACAGUUCAUCUGACUCUAAAAGUUCUUCAUCCUCUUCAUCAAGUAGUGAAAAUAGUUCUAGUGAUUCCGAAGACGAGGAAACGAAGCCCUCUCUUCCUAUCUCAAUGCCAUAUUUGCAGCCGCAGCCUACUGUGUCUGCCAUACCACAACAGGCUGUCCCUGACAAAGAUGCCAGUCAUAACAGAUCCCAAGAGAGCAGUGGUCAUAUGAUGAAUACACUACGAAAUGACUUGCAGCUGAGUGAAUCUGGAAGCGAUAGUGAUGACUGAACAAAUUUUUGGCCUUAAAUGUAUCACCUUUUUUGCUAAAUAUGGCUUAGCAUCUGUUUUGCACUAAGAUUAGAUUACCAGAGACUGGAAUGAAUGUCUUCGAUUUUGAUAACAGACAUCCUAAUUUUCUACUGACACAUCAUGUCUAUAAUACAGCAGCAUUGACAUCCUGUCAGUGCUAUGGUUGUUUAUCUUUCAAAUUACUGUAUUUACAGUAAAAUUAUGUAUGAUCUGAAUUUGAUUAUUUUUGCCUCAGCCACCUGUUUUACUUGAAACUGAUUUGUAACAGCUAGUUACUUUAUAUAAAUAGUUAUGGAAUGGAGAAAUUUCUGAUAUUUAUGGAGGCAAGUUUCCUUCCUAUCAUUUAAAUGCUGAAUGCUGAUCUCACAACUUUUACUUGGAGAGAGUGAAAGGGAGAACAACUAAAUGAGGUCUGCUGUGUCAGCUACACUUUUUGUUCAGUUCACAGUUCAUACCUUUAAGGAAACUGCUGAAUAAUGUGGUCCACUAGUGCAGUUACAGUUUACAAUUGUUCAACACGUUGCUGAAUUCUUAAUUUCAUUGUAUUAUAGGACUUUAUAUUUCUGAGCCUCAAGAUUCCUAAAGGAACUUGUCUAUUCUCUGCCUUUUUUUAUGUAACUUGAAUAGGCUGGUCUUUUUACAACCUUUUUGUAUCUAAAUUUAAAUAACUGCAGAGACAGCAAUGAACUUCCUUCAUUUCAUUCUGUAACGGAAAUCAGAAUAUUUCUUUGUAGGAGGAUAAAAGUAAUUUAAUAAAGCAAUAUUUAUCG